UAUAAUGUUUAAUUAAAAUCACCCUCGAACACAAAUAAUCGCUCUUCUUCUGAAUCCUGGAUCUUUCAAACUUCAACUACCCGUUCAGUCACUGAAACCAUUGAAGAUAAUCGCAACACUAGGAAUUUCUCCAGAUAUGUUUUCACGAUCCAUUGUAAAAUUAAUCCGCCCGUUCUUGACCCUUUAUCGAAACUCGGCGCAAUGCCAUCAAAAUAGGUUACAUAUACCCGGGCGAGCUGCUGAGCACCUUCUUGAAAUUCCUCGCGAUUUUCCUGGUGCUCCUGUACUUCACUUUUUACACUGGACGCCUGUUACUGCGAAUAUCACACUUUUUCAGCGAAACGGGUGCAUCACGCAGGCCCCAAAAACAGAUCGGGCAUCACGAACACGUUGAACAAGUCCCACUUUACGCAAGAAUCGUCGGCACGAAAACUGGGGAUUUUCGUCAAGCAGCUCACAGAAGGUAUCUCGAAGAAACGGAAGAGAUCCCAGAGAAGUCAUGGUGGUUGAUGUCGUGGAUCAGACAGUGGCGCAGGUUAAUGAACAGGAUGGAGGAGAAGAGGGUUCCCUGGAGUCCUCCGAAAUUGAAGCUGGAUCCGACAGACGACGGGGAUCCAUUUCUGGACCUUCCGGGGAGAAUGUGAAAUUUGACCAAGUGACUGAGACGGAAAUUACUCGACUUCCGGCCGGUUCCUCACAGGGCUAUGCUUCAAAUGGCGAUCCGAAACCGAGCUACAGAAAAAGUCGCUUGGACAACACAAAUCGGCAAUCCGUCAUUUAUUCGGGUACACCACGUGGACCAAACUUGGACGAUCUCCUUCCAUUAAUAUCAGAGAUUUCCAUGUGCUUCGCCGCAUUCUUCCUAAUACCCGGAAUCGUCAGUCUGCUGUACGGUUCGAUAGCCAGCAUCCACAUGCCUAAACCAAAGCCACCACCGGACACUAACACAACCGACAUCCUCUCAAUCCUCAAGGAAACGGAGGGAAUUGACAAUCACCUUGGCUCCAAUCGAGAAACAAUCGCAUCAUUUCGGAAGGAUGAACUUCCCCCAGAUAUUGAGAGUAAGCGGUUGAACAUGCUGACUUUCGGCGUUCUUCUGACAAUCCUUGGAUUUCUGAUGGUAGGACUUUUUGUCUUCUUGAAGAUUCUCAAGAUGAAACGUAACAAAGCGAGGAAGGAAAAAACCCCGCAAGUACAGGAGGAACCGUCAGAAGUUCCGACAAAAGAAGGACCUGACGAGGAGAAAACUGAAGAGGCUGAUUCGUGAUAAUCUGCAGUAGUCUUUGAUGAAUGCAAUCAAAUUGAUUUAAUUUCUGAUGAUAAAUCAUGAUCCUGAAUAUUAUCCAUCUGAUGGAAAUGAAAGAUGCGGAUCACAACAGGGAA